GACAACUUGCCAUAUGCCUUUUGAUUAUCUGCAAUCUUUGACUUUUGUCAACAAAUUAAUAUUUUAUAGGAUAGAUAGAAGUCAGAUUCUUAUGACAAUUAAGUAGCAAAAUUUCAAUUGAAAUAUUAAAGUAUAAUGGUUAUUCUGGAAUUACGUGACCAGCCAGCUUUGAUUCAGGCUAUUUUUGCUGGAGAUUUGGCAGCAACUGAAGCAAUAUUAAGAAGCAAUGAAGAAGUCAAUUUACUGGAUGCAGAGAAACGUACAGCACUUCAUGCAGCUGCUUUCAAAGCUGAUGCAGGUAUAACUGCUGCCUUAUUACAGGCAGGUGCCAGAGUCAAUGCGAAAGAUGCUAAAUGGGUGACUCCUCUCCAUAGAGCUUGCUCUAUAAAUGCUGACAAAGUUGUAGCUUUACUUUUAAAUGCCAGUGCAGAUGCCGGGGCUAGAGAUCGACUUUGGCAGACACCAUUACAUGUUGCUGCUGCUAAUAAUGCAUAUGAGUGUGUUGAACUUUUGGCAGACCAUAUUCCUAACAUAGAUGUAACUGACAGAUCUGGCAAGACAGCUUUGCAUCAUGCAGCCCAUAAUGGACAUACUUACAUAGUAGAUUUGUUGAUUUCCAAGGGAUCUUCAGUGAAUGCUUCAGAUAAAAAAUAUUUUAGGCCUCUACAUUUUGCUGCUCAAAUGGGACAUUGUAAAACUAUCGAUUUUCUGAUAAAAUGUGGGGCAGAUAUUAAUGCCAGUGAUUGUAAUCAGUGUACCCCUUUGCAUGUAGCAGCAGCUAAUGGUAAUGAUAGUGUGUGUAGGGUUCUUCUGAAUGCUGGGGCAGACAAGGAUGCUCAGAACACCUAUGGAAACACACCUUUACAUAUAGCUUGCCUGAAUGGUCAACAGUUGGUGUGUCAGGAUCUUGUUAAUGCAGGAGCCGAUCCUGAGGCUGUGAAUUUCCAAGGACAAACUCCCUUGCAUAUAUCAGCAGCUAGUGCACACGGAGCAGAAUGUAUGAUGUACCUUUUGUCUCAAAAAGUUGAUGUGAACAAAAGAAGUUUAGAUGGUAGAACUCCACUCCAUAUGACAGCAAUACAUGGUAAAUUUACCAGGAGCACAUCAUUGAUUGAUCAUGGUGCUAUUAUAGACUGUACAGACAAAAAUGGGUGCACCCCUUUACACAUAACUGCGCAGUACGGCCAUGAUCUUCUUGCCACAACUUUGAUGUCUUUCGGGGCUGAUCCUUCAUUUAAAGGAUAUGAGGGAAGGACUCCUCUACAUAUGUGCUGUCUGUCCGGCAAUGUCGAAUGCUGUAGGAAAUUUCUAAUAGCGGGUGUCGAUUUGAAUGCGGUGGACAAUACUGGAAAGACACCAAUUCAUUAUGCUGCCUAUAAAGGUUCGUUUGAGUGCAUCGAUCUUCUGGUGAGUAAUGGAGCGAAGUUCUGCGAAAAAGACGACAUUGGUCGUGUUCCUUUGCACUAUGCAGCGGCUCAGGGUCAUUACCAGUGUGUCUUCACUCUUGUUGGCAUCGGAACGCCUCUCAAUGUUGAAGAUAAUCAGGGUUGUACUCCUCUACACUUAGCGGCUGGAUAUGAUUUGGAGAGCAAAUGCGUGGAAUACUUUUUGGAACAUAAAGCCGACCCGUUGAGUAGGGACAAAAAAGGUUUCACUCCUCUUCAUUAUGCUGCUGCAGGUAAUAAUACAAGUGCAGGCCUACUGGUGUUGUCCUCGUUCAAUUAUAAAUGUUCAGUCGAAAAGCUAUCGACUACAUUGGUCACGCCCCUUCAUUUAGCUGCCAAAGUUGGAAAUUAUAAAAUUUUAAAAAAGCUCAUUGAAGAUGGUGCCGAUGUUAAUGCUCAAGAGGAACAAGGAAUCACACCGUUGAUGUUGGCAGCCCGAGAAGGACAACUAGAAUGUGCAAUUACCUUAGUCGAAGCCGGCGCUUCGGUUACAAUCUGUGAUAAAAUUAACAAUAUGACUGCGGUACAUUAUUGUGCCAGAAACGGAUACCACGAGUGCCUUCAGGAAAUGUUACAGACGGAAAGAGGUAAAGAAAGCAUCGAAAUGACCGACAGCUUACAAAGGACCCCUCUGAUGCUUGCGGUUUCUUCGAACCACGUUGAAUGCGUUAAAGUUUUGUUAAAUUAUUCGAUGGAUGUGGAAAAAACGGUGAAUAUGGUGGAUAAUGACUCCCACUCUAGUCUCGUCAGAGCGGUUGCUUUAGGCCACAGCAAAAUAGUGCAGCUUCUUUUAACCCAAAAAGCUAAAGCUAAUAUAGUUGAUGUGAACGGAAAGAGUGUCAUUCAUCUCGCUGCCGCUUGUGGUCAUUUAACCUGUUUACAAAUUCUUGUUGAUUAUUUAGAACCACACGAAGCUGCCGCAAUGGACAGACAAGAGUGUACGGCUUUACAUUGGGCUUGUUAUAGAGGUAAUGCCAGCUGCGUUGAUUUCCUUCUGAAAAAGGGUAUAUUCGAAACGUUGUCGGGGAAUAAAUUCUCCGCCGUACAUUGCGCCUGUUACUCAGGAUCAGUUCAGUGCCUUGAAUUAUUGCUGAGAUAUUUUGGAAAGGAUAUUGUGAAUUUACAGGAUAGUCGAAAGAGAUAUCCUUUACAUAUUUGUGCCUUACACGGGCAUACCGAAACUGCUAAACUGUUACUGGACCAAGGGGCAACCUUGGACGUUUUGGAUGAAGACGAAAGGACCCCCUUCACGUCCGCCGCGCAGUUCGGCCAGAAUGAAAUCAUCGAAUUAUUUUUGAAAUUCGAUGUCGACAAAACGCAUCAAGACAAACACGGUAACACUGCACUUCACUGGGCCUGCCUUAUGAAACACACCUCGACGGCCGUUCUUCUGCUGAAAGACAUGAAGGAUUAUAACGUUAUACACAGCAUCAAUAAAGAGAAUAAAACGGCUCUUCAUCUAGCAGCUAGGAACGGACUCGUUUAUGUCACGAGGGAGUUGCUACGAAAAGGCGCCUCAGUUUAUGCGGUGGAUUCCGAGGGUCACACUCCCGCCUUAUGCUGUGCCCCCAACAAUCAAGUAGCCCAGUGCCUUGCCCUUAUUCUACUGCAUUCGACCAAUGGAGCCUCGGGAGAAAGUGAUCCUAACAAAUCCCUGAGUUCCUUCCUGCAGAUCGCCAAGCAAAAGUCCCUAAACCAACCCAAUUCCUCGAUUCCCAAGAAGAGCGUUCAAACUCAGACCGAUAAGGCUCUGCUUAAAAACUCGGACGCGUUUGCGCCCGACAAAAAUAGGUCGCGUUUCAAUCCGCCCAUUUGGUCGAAGAGGCCGAAAACCCUGACUCCUUCUAAUUCUUCUUGUCUGAAGCCGCUUUUUAAGUCUUCUUGGAAGAAGAAUCAGGGUGCAGGUUGCGAAGACGAUUGUUUUUUGAUCGAUAACAGUGAGCAAAAUGGCAAAAGUGACGGGCCAGAGAUAGAGAGCAAUAAAGGUUUGAACUUGCACAGAUCGUUUUCCGACAUGUCCAUCAGCAGUCAUAAUGGCGGUAAGAUAAACCUAGAAGAAACAUUGAAAGUACGUAAUUUGAAAGAGUUGAGUGAUCGUAAGAAGGGAUGCAGAGAAUGUUUAUUAUGGCAGAGAAGGUGUUCAGAUUGCACUUUGAGGCAUUUACUGAGACAGCAUUUGCAGGGAAAACGUUCUCCGAGGGAAUUCAAUGAGUUCCUUUCGAAAUUAUUGAACGAGAGCUCUACGGAAUACAGGCAGAAAUUACUCCGAGCUCUAGAAGCGCUAGGAAAAGGCUUCGAAAAUCCCUACAACAAAGAUUUGACCCCCGACCUGAGACAAGUGGUGCGUCUGGGUAAAAAUAAAAAAAAUCUAGGUCGAAACAGAAGAAUGCUGUGCAAGAUGGACGCCGGGAAUCUGGCCAGCAUGAUAAGGAAGACUCCUAGUGUCAAAAUAACCUUAACGCAGCCCAGGAGUUUUCAAGAAACUUGUAAGACUGCAGAAACCUCGUCCGAACAAAAACAACACAAUAUUCAGAAUGUUCCAAAGCAUUCAAAUGAUACUCAUGGUCCGGAAAUUUUGCAAAAUGAAAGAAAUGAGAGCAUUAGCAACGAACCGAUUCGGUGUAGCAAUGAAAAUGAGGCUUUACAGUAUCAAGAAUUCGUGACAGAGUUAUUGAAUGAAAACAACAAUCUCGCAGAACCUGUGUUUCGUACGGACUUCCUAAAAGAACUUCAGGGUUUAAAACUGGUUCACGACAAUGAAAAAGACUUUUUGCUAGUUGUUAAAGACCAUGUUAAAAAGCUGUUGAAUGAAGGUAAAUCCUCGGAAAUGUACAAGUGCGAACGUUUUCUCACAGAUGACGAUGUAUUCAAGCACAUUGAAAAUUUGAUGAAAACAAUGCAGCCUCUGGGUGGACUCAAAAACGCAAAGGAAGCGGACAUGGGGAAUGUUGAGGAACUGACCAAUAUUGAGAGGGAAAGCUCCGAGGAGGAUAUUGAAAAUAUUGAAUCUGAAUUAUGCCCGUUGAUUAUUGACAAAUCAGAACUGGAAUUAACGAAGGAAGAAGUCGAAGAUGAAAUUUGUUGUACCGAACAUGGAGAUUUGAUCGAAGAUUAUAUUCUACCCCCUAUUAAAGUCAACAACUGUUCUAAUGAUCCCUUGAGCGGUUGCAUAAGUGUGAUACCGGUGCAAUUCAUCAUAGACGAAAAAAAUGAAGAAUUGAAAGCGACCAGAAUUUACAUGAUAGAUAAGGAUUCAGGAAUCAGAUUUCCAGAAAGUGCUCAUCGUUCUGGAGAAACAUUGGACGUCUUUUUCAUGACUGAAGAAAAUGGUCUCACAGAUCCUUCAUUGACUCCUUCAAAAUCGAAACUGAAGCCUAAAAAAGACUUUACAUAUUCAUUUCAACAUCAUGUAUAUAAUAAAGAAAUAUACACAGUGGGCAAUCAAAGUGAUACGUUCACAUCAAAAGCAGGAAGUCAAAAUGAAAGUCAACACAGGGAAGCAUCUAAUGAGAACUCAGAAUUUAGCGAUAACGAAUUUUAUUAGUAUUGUUAAGACAUUAUUAGAUCGUCUUCCAAACAUGGUGCUCAGAAAUGUAAGCUGUUGAAACUUACUAACAACAUCCGAAAUCGUUGAAUCUCUUUAGUCAAUUUGAUUCGAUGGAACAAAACUCUAAUUUAAUCUCAUAUAUUGUAGAACUAAUUUUUUCCGAAUGGAAUUUUAUGAAAAUGGUGUGUUUUAAUUUGCUAUACAAAAUUUUUUGUGUACAUCAUAUACUACUUAUUGAUCAUAAAAAAAAUGUGUUCAAGAAUUGAAAACCAGAAUGAGUUUUUACAAGCAUUCUGAGUUUUAUGUCCUGUGUAUAAAAUUGCUUUUUAUAAAUACUUUUACUAAUGAAUUUAUCAAAGAUUGUAAAUAUUGGACGUCAGCUUUUUCUGAAUAUAAAAAUAUCCAAAA